ACCUCCAUGAGGCCGUACGACGUAGGACACACACAUGUGCCUUGUCCUUUCACUCAGCACCACUGUCAUCAACAUCAUUUGUCACUGAAAAUAACCCACUUUGCAUCACCCAUUGUUUUCAAUAAUUACUGCCUCGGAACCCGCGCAGCUGAAUCGUUAAUGCCAAUUAGUUACUGUACCCCUUUCGGCCCAGCCAUUAAAUUACUUGUCUCUCUCUCGGCUAUUAUUUUGCUCAGCUUUUAUUACUGUGUAACUGUGAUGACUAAUUUAGAGAAAAGAUUCUCAUUCUGUGCUUGAGAAAUGUGGGAGCUUUGAGCUGUUGUUUCGUCUCCAAAGAUGGUUGAUGAUUGAGUAAGAAAAAGAUGGUUGAUGAUUGAGUGAGAGAAAGGUGGGAGCUUUUUGAGUGAGGAUGGAGAAGGGGAAGGGUGUAAGGGAGGUUGGGAAUGGUGGAAAUGAGGGUGGAGGAGGUGAGAAGGGUGAUCAGAGAAGAAAGAGAAUUGAGGGAAAAAGUGAUGAAAUUUUGGGGAGUGGGGAUCUGGGAAUUGGUGGUGAGGAGUGGUUUGGUGGUGGAAAUGGCGGUGAUGGAGGAGUGAGUGGUGUUGGUGAUGAGAUUGCACGCCUUUUUGGUGAAGUGGAUGUUGGUGGUGUUGGUCUUGGUGGUGGAGGUGUGAGCUUCUGGGGUGGUGGAAAUGGUGGAGGGGUUGAGAUUGGCGGUGGUCAAGCUUUUGGUCUUGAAGAUGAAGGUGGGUUUGGUGAGAAGUUUCAGUUUGGUGGCGGUUUGGGUGGCCUGGAUGGUGGUGGAGGGAUUCAGUUAUGGGAGAUUGAAGGUCUUGGUGGUGAAGGAAUGCAUGGCCUGUUUGAUAGAAAUGGUCAGUUUUGGGGUGGUGAGGCCUCUGGUAUUGAUAAUCAAACAGUUGAGGCUGGAGAAUGUCGGGCUGGAAAUGGAGAUGAGGUUGGGGAAAAUCGGGCUGAUAAUGGAGGUGAGAUUGGGGAAAGUCGGGCUGUUGGUGGAGCUGGGGAGAGUCAGGCUGGAAAUUGUGAAAGUGGAGGUGGCGCUGAAGGGUCAAAAGGUAAGCGUGGGAGGCCAAAAGGAUCAAAGAACAAGAAGAAAAUUAUAGAAGCUAAAGAGGGUACUGUAGGGUUGAUUGGAACUGGAAGUGUUGAUGUGGGUGGAGAAGAGAGUGUAACGCCAAAGAGAAAGCUAGGUCGACCAAAGGGUUCGAAGAAUAAAAAGAAGGCUCUUGUAAAUGAUGAAAAUGGGGGUGAGCCUGAUGGGGGUGAAGAAAGUAAGGUGUUGGUUGGGAAUGAGAGUGUAAUGCCAAAGAGCAAGCUAGGUCGACCAAAGGGUUCCAAGAAAAACAAAAAGGCUCUUGCAAAUGAUGGAAAUGGGGAUGAAGAAAGUAAGGGAUUAGUUGGGAAUGAGAGUGUUGGGCCAAAGAGAAAGGUUAGUCAACCAAAGGGUCCAAAGACCAAGAGAAAUCGUACAGGUGUGGAAGAUGAUGGCGUUUCAAAAGACAUGGGGGCUGUUGCCAAAGGGAUUGAGAAAUCUUCUCAGAGUCAGCUUACCGGUUUGGAGAAAGAAAUGCUUCACAUUGAGCAAAGUGGGAAAAAGGUAGCUAUUGAGUCUGCUGGUCGUGAAGUUAAAAACGAGGUACUGCAGUUGAAUAAAAGGUGUGCCUGGCCCAGGAAGAUAACUCCUGGAAUUAAUUCAAUGUCAAAUGAAACUUUUGGCAGAACUUGCACUGGUGGACCAAUAAUGUUCUUCAUGGGUUUGGAAAAUGAAUAUCCGGUUCUUGGAAGCAAGGAUGAUAAUCAGUUGCCUGAUGUCCAGCCAAAGGUUAACCUUGUGGAAACAGGAAAUCAGUAUGUUCCUGGUAAAACUAUGGUUGCUACUGAUGGUAAUGAGAUGCAUGUUCUUACAGGUGUGAAAGAUAUGAAAUUGUAUAAGAAGGAAGCUGUGAAUGGUAAGGAGGGUAGAGGUACAGUUCAGCAAAAUGGCAAGCGUGGUCGGCCAAAGCGUUCAGCUAAGAAGGAAAAUGUUUCACGUGAUGAAAUAAGGGAAAUGCCAGGUGAAAUCAUGGGUGGUAUGGGAAAUGGGAGGUCUAUGCUUGAAGGUAUGGAAGAUGGUGGAAUGGGCAUGGAUGCCUCUAUGGCCAUUGAUGUUGGAAGUGAAAGUGUUCAGGUGAAGAAGAAGCGUGGUCGGCCAAAGGGGUCAACCAACAAUAAAGAUCAUGAUGUUAAAAAAAAGCAGGAAAUAUUUAGCAAUGUUGAGGGCAGCACUGAAGAGACUGUAUGGUCAACAGCCACCGUAAUCAAUAGCACCAAACUUGCAGGAGAGCAAGUUUUGAGAUUGUGUAGUGAAACUAAUGGUUGGAAGGAUAUCCAAACAAAGGAUGAGUAUAGCCAACUAAAGGAAAUUGAAGAGAAGUUUGAGAAUAUGGUGGUGGGUAAUGAUGGUGAUGGUAAUGGUGCUCCUAUGGUGAGUUCAAACAAUGAGCGGACUAUUAAUGUGGGCAAGAAAGAGAAGGGAAUGUCUGCAGCCUGUGGUAGUAAUGUAGGUGGAAAUGAGGUUAUUCAACAUAAAAGGCCUGGUCGACGUGCAAACAAGAGACCAAUUGCUUUUGUUGGAGAAGAUCAGAGUCGGGAAGGAGAAGAUGUUAGAAAAAUUGAUUCUAGAGAUGAGAGCUCAAAGAGAAAACUAGGCCGGCCUAAGAAGAAGAGACAAAUCAUUCGUCCUGAAGCCUUGAGUGAUGUCACAGUACUGAUGCAUCAAAACUAUUUGAAGGACUUGAGUUUCCCUACAAUGCAAGUAAAGAGUUCUGAAGAUACUGAAAAAAGGUUACAGAAGAGGCCUAGAGGGAGACCCAGGAAGAUCAGCAACCAACCAGUAAAUCACUGUGAGUUCCGUACUGGGAAAUUAAAGAACUCAAAUGAUACUGAGAAAAAAUUGUGUAAAAGGCCUAGAGGAAGACCCAGGAAGAUCAGCAACCAACCAGUGAAUCACUGUGAGUUCCAUACUGAGAAAUUAAAGAACUCAGAAGAUACUGAGAAAAAGUUGUGUAAGAGACCUAGAGGGAGACCCAAGAAGAUCAGCAACCAACCAAUAAAUCAUGGUGAGUUCCGUACUCAGCUAUUAAAGAACUCAGAGAAUACUGAGAAAAAGUUGCAGUACAGGCCUAGAGGUAAGAGGCCUAGAGGGAGACCCAGAUUGUUCAGCAACCUACAAAAUCGCAGUGACUUCCGUGCUCGGAAAUUAAAGAACCUUGAACAUACUCAGCUAAAAUUAUGUAAGAGACCAAGAGGAAGACCCAGGAAGUUUGGCAACUUGCAAGCUCAUGCCAGAUACCUUAAACAUGAAAUAUAUACUGAUACAUUGGAGAGAAAAGAACGUUUAUGGUGCCACCAGUGCUUGAGGAAUGACAGAAAUGGUGUCGUCAGUUGUUUAAAAUGCAGAAAGAAACACUAUUGCUAUGACUGCCUUGCAAAGUGGUACCCUGAGAAGACGAAAGAGGACAUAGAAAUUGCUUGCCCAUAUUGUCGUGCGAAUUGCAACUGCAGAAUAUGCCUCAAGGAGGAUUUAGACGUGUUGCCUGGGCAUGAAGAAACAGAUACAAAUACUAGAUUGGAAAAAUUACUUUACUUACUGUGCAAAACUCUGCCUCUCCUUAAGCAUAUUCAACAGGAGCAGAUAUCUGAAUUAGAUGCUGAAAGUAGUAUACGUGGUUUACAAUUGACAGAAGAGGAUCUCCCGAGGUCUAUACUAGAGGAUGAUGAUCGAGUGUACUGUGACAAAUGCAAUACAUCCAUUGUCAAUUUCCACAGAAGCUGCCCCAAUCCUGAUUGUUCUUACGACCUCUGUCUAACUUGUUGCUGGGAACUAAGGAAAGGAUGUCAACUUGGAGGCAGUGAAUCAGAAUCUUCUAUUCAACGGUUUUAUGAAGGAGACUGUAGAAGUUCAGUAUCAGAUGGCCAGAUUCCUGAAGUGAAUGAAAAUAAUUUGCAGAGCUCACCAGUAAAUGAGUUCACGAAUGAUAUAUCUUCUGAGUUUCCCCAUUGGAAAGCAGAGGUUGAUGGUAGGAUUCCUUGUCCGCCAAAAGCACAGGGAGGUUGUGGUACCCAAAUACUUGGACUCAGAUGUAUAUUUGAAGCUAAUUGGGUUGAAAAACUAAUUUUGAGCUCUGAGAAUCUCACUGUACAUUAUCAAUCUUCAGAUUUUGAUUUUUCUCAAGGUUGUUCUGCAUGUCAUUCUAUCAGUUCUGCAUGCAAUGGUGUAAACGCUUUGGAAGUGAGGCAUGCAGCUGAUAGAAUGGACUGUUUUGAUAACUUAAUAUACUGCCCAGAUUCUGUACAUUUGGGAAACAAUGACAUUGAGCAUUUUCAAUUACACUGGAGGAGAGGGGAACCCGUUGUAGUUAGAAAUGUACUUGAAAAGGCUACUGGCCUUAGCUGGGAACCAAUGGUAAUGUGGAGGGCUUUUAUUGGGGCAAAAAAAGUAUUGAAAGAGGAAGCAGUGAAGGUCAAAGCCAUUGAUUGCCUUGAUUGGUGCGAGGUUGACAUUAAUAUGUAUCAGUUCUUCAAGGGCUACAUUGAGGGUCGUAAAUACACUAAUGGGUGGCCUGAGAUGUUAAAGCUGAAGGAUUGGCCUCCAUCAAAUCUUUUUGAAGAGUGUUUGCCCAGGCACGGUGCUGAAUAUAUGACCAUGCUUCCCUUUAGUGACUAUACCCAUCCCAAAUCAGGUGUUCUAAAUCUUGCAACAAGGCUUCCUACUGCUUUGAAGCCAGAUUUGGGUCCUAAGACAUACAUUGCUUAUGGAACUAUGGAGGAGCUUGGUAGAGGAGAUUCGGUGACAAAACUGCAUUGUGACAUCUCAGAUGCGGUUAAUGUGUUGACUCAUGCAACAGAAGUAAAGAUUCUUCCGGAGCAGGCUAAAAUUAUUGAUAGUUUGCAGAAGGAAUAUGAAGCUGAAGAUGAAAUUAUUGGAGGAACUCCAUGUAAUAACAAACACGGUGAGCCUGCUAAUGUGACAGAAGACGUGAAUGUUGUCGUUGAGACCAAUCCCUUGCAACAGAAAUCUUCUGGAGAUCUUAUCAGCCGAAAAGAGUCCUUGGAGUCUGGGUUAGAUUCAUAUAGAAGUAGUCGAAGUGAUUAUGAAUCUGACAUUGCAUAUGGAGGUGCCGUUUGGGACAUUUUCCGUCGGCAAGAUGUACCCAAGUUAAUAGAGUACUUGCUGAAGCAUCAGAAGGAAUUUCGCCACAUUAGUAAUCUUCCUGUGAAAUCAGUUAUUCAUCCUAUUCAUGACCAGACCCUUUAUCUAGAUGAGAAGCAUAAAAAGAAGCUCAAGGAAGAAUUUGGUGUUGAACCCUGGACAUUUGAGCAACACCUUGGUGAGGCUGUUUUCAUUCCUGCUGGGUGCCCACAUCAAGUGAGAAAUAGACAAUCGUGCAUUAAAGUAGCCCUCGAUUUUGUCUCCCCUGAAAAUGUUCAAGAAUGCAUUCGAUUAACAGAGGAGUUUCGCUUGCUUCCAGAAAACCAUGGAUCCAGAGAAGAUAAACUGGAGGUAAAGAAGAUGGCACUGUAUGCAGCAAGUGAUGCCAUAAGUGAAGCUGAAUCUCUGAAGUCAAAAAUCAGUUCAAAUGAGACAGCAUAGUUGAGGAUCUCGAUUGGUUCAGUUUAGUUGGAGGUAAUAUCUUGUUGUAGAAUAGCUCGGGUUUUGUAUAUCUGUUAGGCUACAGUUUUGGUAUAUGUGCAUAUUUUGUUACCUCCUAGACUAGAUUUUAUAAUUACGAGGCACAAGUUUUGUUCAUAAAUGUCAAUUUCUUCACUUGGCAGCAGAUAUUGUAGCCUAUUUUGUUGCAUCAGUUGUACAGAACGAACAAUUCAUCCUAACUAAUAUAGAGCAGCUCUCAUGGUGCAUCUGUAUUGCUUUCCUUGA